UAACUGACACGUGGUAUAAGUGUCUGUCUGUGAGCCACACUCACGAGUUAUUGUCUUAUUGUCAACACAUCUAACUUGUCAUCAGUUGAUCCAAUCACUCACUGAUUGCCACUUAAUGACAGUCCAAUUCAAUCCUUUCAUUCAUAUAUUUAUUGCACGGAUGACACCAUCGCUGAGAUAAUCAACAAUGAAGUGAUUGUUGACAACUCAAAGACCUGUCAAUCAAUUGGAUCUAAUUUUGCGGUCAUUUAUGCAUUGAAUUGAGUCUGAAAUCCAUUGAAAUGAAUGCCAAACAAAACAAUUCAUUAAAAAACGGAAAACUUCCCAAAAUUUGCGAAGAAAACCACACGAAUGGCACCGAAGACUAUCACCAAACAGAUGUCAGUAAUCAUAGAAAUGAUAAACCAAUGAAUCAGAAGAAGACAAUAUCGGCAGAGGAGGACACGCGCGACAAACCGCUGACCAUUAAUGUAGAGAUCAAUUCCAUGGCAUGGCUUCUGUUCGCCAUUGCGUUCGCCUUCCGGUUCUACCGAUUGUCUGAACCAUCGAGUGUUGUGUUCGAUGAAUUACAUUACGGGAAGUUUGUGUCACUUUACUUAAGAGGUGUCUUCUUCUUCGACUCUCAGCCACCGCUUGGGAAACAGUUGAUAGCAUUGAGUGCUUAUGUCUCGGGAUAUACAGGGAAUCACGUGUUCACUAAUAUCGGCGAAAAAUACGAAUCCGAUGUACCGCUGAAGGCCUUGCGUUUUGUUCCCAUAAAUGAUAAACCAAUGAAUCAGAAGAAGACAAUAUCGGCAGAGGAGGACACGCGCGACAAACCGCUGACCAUUAAUGUAGAGAUCAAUUCCAUGGCAUGGCUUCUGUUCGCCAUUGCGUUCGGCUUCCGGUUCUACCGAUUGUCUGAACCAUCGAGUGUUGUGUUCGAUGAAUUACAUUACGGGAAGUUUGUGUCACUUUACUUAAGAGGUGUCUUCUUCUUCGACUCUCAGCCACCGCUUGGGAAACAGUUGAUAGCAUUGAGUGCUUAUGUCUCGGGAUAUAACGGGAAUCACGUGUUCACUAAUAUCGGCGAAAAAUACGAAUCCGAUGUACCGCUGAAGGCCUUGCGUUUUGUUCCCAUGUUUUUCGGCUCUUUGAUUAUACCAACCGUUUAUCACUUAAUCGUUGAAAUGGGUUUAACUCACAGAACGGCUACUUUGGCCGCACUUCUCAUCAUUUUUGACAAUGCAUUACUAACUCAAUCGCGUUUCAUACUAAUGGAAACAAUUCUCAUAUUCUUCUCACUGUUUGGCAUUUUAUCGUUUGUAAUCUCAACGAAAAAACCGACGUUUAGUAUCCCAUGGAUCUCAUGGCUGAUCACCUCUUCUCUGUUCAUCACUUUUGGCUUUUCUGUCAAAUAUAUCGGAAUAUUCACUCUAUUCCUCAUCCAAUUCAUUAUAUUCUGUGAUUUCUGGACAAAACUCGCUAACGCCUCCAUCAAAACUGGAGGGUUGGCCUCUAUCACGAAAGGACAACCGCUAGAAAUAGCUCACGGCUCACAAAUCACACUA